UUAUUCUACAAUAACAAAUCGCCUGUUGUUUUUGUAUUGUUGUAUUUGUUGUAGCGACGAGGCUACCUUAUUAAGUGUACACUGGCAGAUAUAGUGAAUAAAAUACUCUCAUAGAUAUUAAAGAAAAUCAAAAAUGUUUUUUUUUUAUAAUAUAACACCACAAUCAAUAAACAAAUAUAAAGAAAAAUCAGUGUUUUUCUCCAAACCUAAAUUGGUUGCUUACUACGAUUACAAUCAUGGAAAAAUAACAGCUGCCAAAAGAAUGAAAUAUUUUCAAAACCUUAAAUCUAAUAAUUAUCCCAUUGAUGUAGAAAAUGGAUUUGAGACGUAUAUACGCCGUGAUUCCGUCAUGUACUCAAGGAAUAUAGAUUUACCUCUUAAAUAUGUCAUGUCCCUGGCUAGCGAAUGCGAUAAUGUUGAAAACAUAGAAAAGACAAAAGUAAUAACACGUCGUGGUACUUUAGUUGAUAUUAUGCAAUCGUCUUACAGUGGACACUAUUCGGAAGAAUUAAUAAUUUGUGUUUCGCGCUAUAAUGGUCAUAUAUAUAUGGUUUUGGAUAAAAAGGAUGAAUCAACAACUGAAUUGACACCAAAAGAUACGUAUCAUUCACGUUUGGAGAAAUUGUUAUUUACUGAUUCACCCGGUAAGCCACCAAAACUUGAUGAACCAUGUGACGAGAACAUUAAACUAGUUGGAAUACACAGAAGUAACUUUGGUAAAUAUGAUAUUAUUUGCUCAGGAGAAAUACAAGGAAUCAUUUCUCAAGAUGAAAUUAAAAAUUUUGACGAUUUGGAAGCUCUCAAUGAUUGUCGUUUUGUCUUUAUUAAGCAAAUUCGGAAAAAAUUUAAAUAUAACAAUAACCAUAACAAGUUUUUAAAAUAUUGGCUGCAAGCAUAUUUAGCUAAUGUUCAAGAUCUCUAUUUUGGCUAUAAAAUUAAUAAUGGUAUAAUAGAAGAACCAUUAGAGCAUAAAGUAUCAGGCGAUAUACCUAAGAAUGUUUACUGGAAACCCUCGAUUUGUACCGGAUUUUUAUAUGAUUUUCUACAACAUGUAGAAAAACUCAUGUCUUCUGUCGACUGCUUGAAAACGGUCUACGUUUUUCACUAUGACCAUGACAAGAAAUGUUUCAAUUAUGAAAUAUUUAAUGGUGAAACCGAUAAAACUUUUAUAACUAAAGAGUAUAUGAUAUAUUGCGAAAAAAAUUUAAAACACUGAAGUACAGAUUUUCAUUAACAUCUGUUAACAUAUUUUUCCAAAUUCAAACUAAGAAUUAUAUACAGUAAAUCAAUUAAGUAAUUUGCCUAUGUAAAAUUUUAUAAAUUUAAAGAAAAAACUUUAUGUGAACAAUUAUUUUUUUUAGCAAAAUAAAGCAAUUUGUUUGUUGUAUUUUUUUAAAAGAA